CGACGACGACGACGACUCGCGUACUUCCUUUUUUUUAUUGCCGUCGUCGGUCGCACAGACAUGGGAAGGUAAUAACAUGGGAAGGGCGAUCCUUCGGGUUGGGUCCUUCUUCUCCCCCCGGUUCCAGUCGAGUUUGCUUUUCCAUUCACCCUUCAGGAGCCGUAACCGUAGCGCAUCGUCGUUCUCUCGUUGUAAUAUAGUACCGAUCAAGUACAAUUGUAAUUCCUCCCCCCCCUCUCUCUCCCUCUCUCUCUCUGCCGAUAGCGCUCUGACUGACGAUGAUGCAACAUUCACGAUUCGCGAGAAAGGUCACGGACGAGCGUUGGCACAAUGACGUGACUCGGCAUCGUAUCGCUCUAGUCUAAUUAAGUUUGCGAUUUUGUAUCUUUACCGAGCGAGAGGGCUAUGUCUGAUCUGCGAAAUCGAAAUUUUCCGUUCGACCUUGAACUUUUAUAUUUAUAUAUAAUAUACUUUGCAUACACGCAGGGACAUAUACGCAUGAUUGGGACGCGUACAUGCUUCUUAGCAGAAGACCUCAGCAGGGAGUUUUUACUUUCAUCCUUUGCUUGUUACAUAUUCACCCGAUUAUAAUUCCCAGCUCCUCCAAUUUCCCUGUACUCUUUCCUCCAUGAUAACAUAUACUCGCGAGGAGGAAUGAGGAGGAGGUGGUCUCUCUCGUCUCUAACUUUACCGCAUCUAACUGUUUUUAAUUCAAUUUUAUUCCACGAAGCAGCUCGAAGCAUUGAUAACGAAGAGAAAAUCUUUCUUGGACUUUUAACCUCUCAGCAAUUAUUAUUAUUAAGCACAAAUCUGAUUCUUAAGAAUCUUUUUCUUUCAAGAUUCUCCAGUGCACUUUACAACGAAUGUUCCCUGUGAUUGUUGCAUCGUCUCAUGUGAGACACGUGAGGGACAAUAAGAGCCUUAUUCCCAAUCGUAUGUGUUGCAUACGUCUAUACACACAUACACACAUACACAUACACAACACAACACACACACACAUACACGCACACACAUACGCACACACACACACGGAAACGAGUAUCCAAGCGCGUGUACUUGCACUGUAAACACCUACAUGCCACUGAUGGCAGACCGACAUGUGUGCACAUAUAAAAUACUGUAAUCGUGCUGUAAAGGUAUAUAAGGCUACUUAGACUGGCUUAUAAGUGGAUUUACUGUCCGCCGUGUGCAAGGAGCACGUGCGAGGGUAUAUUUGUUCUAAUGGUACUGUCGACCACGAUCACGGUGUUUGCGCUAGGAUCCGAUUGCAGCGGAGAUCCCUGCAUGUACGGGAUCUGUUCGGACAACAAGAACAGUACCUAUUCCUGUUACUGCAUCGACGGUUACACGGGAAUCAGUUGCGAGAUCAACUGGGACGAGUGCUGGUCGAAUCCUUGCCUUAACGGUGGCACCUGCAACGACGGCAUUGCCUCGUACAAUUGCACGUGCACUGACGGUUUCGUGGGUGUUAAUUGUGAGCAAAAAUACAGCGAGUGCUCGAACCACCCGUGUCUCAACAACGGCACCUGCGUCGAUUAUGAUGGAUUCACUUGUCAAUGUCCGGACGGGUACUCAGGAGACUACUGCGAAAUCGACGCCUCGGUCUGCAACGAGACGAUAUGCAAGAAUUCGGGCGAGUGCGUCGAAGGGCCCGGAUUCUUGUUCUUUUGUCGUUGUCGCGAAGGAUGGGCCGGCACCCUCUGCGACGUGGACGUCGAUGAGUGUCUUAUAUCACCAUGCAAGAACGGUGGACUCUGUAUCAACGUCCCGGCUUCUUACACUUGUGCUUGUCUAUUUGGGUUCACCGGAAAGGAUUGCGACAAGGCGAUCGUCCCAUGCGACGAGAAUCCUUGCCAGAACGGAGCGGUCUGUCUGUUGGAGGACGAGCGUCCGGUUUGCUACUGCGUCCCGGAUUACCACGGUGUCUUGUGUGAAUUGAGGUACGACGACUGUGAGUCGAAAUUCGCACACUGCGACAACGGCGGCACUUGCAUCGACGGUAUCAACAGCUUCACUUGUUCCUGCUCGCCUGGAUACGGUGGACCUAUGUGCGAGUACAGCUUCCCCACGAGUACGAGCCUUUUCGAAACAGAAGAGACGACUGAGCAGGCAACAGGUUCGGGUAGAACCACAGUUUUCGUCACUUCACUUAGAGACUCGACCUCGAUGUUGGAUACUUCCGUGCCUUCGUCGUCGACGUUGACCUCUAGAGUCGUUACUUACUCAACGUCCUCAAGGACGAGUGUUCCGCCUUAUACGAGGAAAUUCACGAUUACGGAGAAAACGACAACAACGUUAGCGUACGAAAGUGGUAGCACGGAAACCGCUGGUUUCCCGACCGAAGUGCCCUCGACAGACUUCACGACUCAGGGUGAUUUCAUUACGUCGGAGCUUGCAACGUCCGUUGCUACCGAAGACUACUCUCACGUAACCGAGACGAGAAGUACCGAAGUUUAUCCUCCAACUGGCAGGUCGUUUUAUGAUGGCGAAGUUACCAAGGAACCCAGUAUUUAUGAUCAAACGACAAAGAUGAUGUAUCCAACGUCCUCCGAUAGAGUGGAUGAAGACGCAACGCGUGUGACGGAGUACGUGAUGAGUUCCAGUCAUCGACCCACGAUAAUCGACACGGAUGAAGACCGAAAGGACGAAAGAACGACCGUGACGAGCGUCAUCACGGACCAUGGUACUGACAUGACGUUCCUCGCCAAUACGACAUUCCGUUACACGACAGAAACGACACAAAAUAGAAGCAGCGAUCUUGGAACCACGAUCGUGGAUUCGCCCAGGACUGUCCUACCUUUAACCACUUCCUCAUCAACACUGCCAACGGUUCUAACUUCAACCGGGAAGUUUGAGACUCCGACGACGAUAUCUUCUGUAUUAACGUCCAUCAGCGUAUCUUCGUUGGGUCCUGGCACCAGCGUCGAAGCCAGCAGCACCGCGGAAAUCGGCACUUGCCACGGAAGUCUGUGUUCCACGAGUUCCACGAGUUCCACCACCACGUUGACUCCACGCAAUGUCACAGAAUACGCCGAAGGUUGCAAGACAGACUCGACGCAGGCAGCCUUCAAUGGCAAAUCUUUUGCUAGACAAUACGUCGAUGUGAAUAUCAUCGAUCAGAAGAAUGCCACACUGCAAAUUUACAUUAAGCUCAAGACAGUGUACAAGAAUGGGAUAAUAUUGCACGUUUAUUUCGACAACGAAAGAUAUUCUCUGGUGUAUCUGGAGCUCGGCUCGUUGAAAUUCCAAUUUUCCUGCGGUCUAGAAACCAUGUUACUCGGCGAAAUCGACGCCGUUAUCGAUAAUGGCUUCGAAGUGAGCAUUGACAUGAGCUUCCAAUACGUUGCCAACGAUGAAAAUGAACAGUGUUUUGCCAAAUUGCUGGUUAACGGCACCAUGGCUGUGACAGGUGAGCAAAUACUACCGCAACGAGGAAUGGUCCCAAAACAUGCCAAUCUAUAUAUAGGAGGCAUCCCAUUAACAUUCUCGCAUUAUUUUCCCCAUGCUAUGGGAUUCAUUGGUUGCAUGGAUUCUCUGAAGGUGAACGGCAUUUCGCGACACUUCAUUCACAACUCCACAGAAACGUUCCAGAUCGAGGAGUGUACGUCGUUCUUGUGCUUAUCUAAUCCUUGUCAGAACUUUGGUGCAUGUGAAGAAAGCGACGGCAGAAUUCGCUGCAGGUGCAUAGCAGGUUAUACCGGGCCUUUAUGCGAACAUUCAGCAUGCAACGAUAAUCCUUGCUCGAUGGGCGCUACGUGCGUGAGUUCACCAGGAACCGGCUUCAUUUGCGUUUGUCCACUCGGCAGUCACGGGUUAUUAUGCGAAGAUGAUGCUAUCUUGGAACGACCGGCCUUCUCGGUCCUUAUUCCCGGUUUCGCUUCCUAUAUUGCUUACGGCGUACCGAUUUCUAUAAAAGAUACGAUGGAGCUAAAACUGCGACUUAUUCCCCGCACAUUCGACCAGAUCUCGCUGAUCGCGUACUUUGGGCAGCGUGGCUCGCGUCGCGACGUCUCCGACCACUUCUCGAUCACAUUCGUUCGUGGCUACAUCAUGCUCACGUGGGAUUUAGGUUCUGGGGUGCGAAGGAUCUUCACCAACGACUCGUUGAGUUCCACGAACGUGUUGGGAUCGGCUGGUAAGAGUAAAACGUAUACGAUUCGGGUUGGAAGAAGAAGUAAAGAAGCAUGGCUCGCCGUGGAGGGUAUGAGCAAUGUGAGCGGUCAGGCAGUAGGAUCUAUGACUCAAUUGGACGUCUCGCCUGUUCUUUAUAUUGGUAUGUUGUCAUGUAGAGCCAUGUACACAUGGCACAACUUCGGUGUUUUAAGCAUUGUCUCUCAUCGCGUGUUUCGAUGUAGACGCUAA